GGACCGGGGCUUGAGCAGUGUUUCUGGCCCUGAGCGGGACAACCAAGCCGGUACAGGCGAGGUGAGCCUUCAAACUUGAAACGCACGUUGUUGCGUCUUCGUUCUUCGGAGGGCGCCCUGCAACAUAUAUAAGUUGCUGCGUCAACCCCGAGUCCUAGGUCCAACAGCGCAGUAACAGUCCUCGUACUGCACCGAACCAGCGACUCUCCCGUGCACCUACACAGUGAUGCUCGCUCUCGCAUGGUCCGCUGCAUUGUUGGCUGCCUCUGCACCAGUCAUGGCCAGUAUCCUGGGCCGCCAGCCUGAGAUCCCGGCGUCGUGCGCUGGCUUGCCUCAGGGCUCGCUCGGGUCGCUCUCGUACAACUUCACACUCUCCGCGUAUAACCUAGACAAGCCGAACGCGAACUCGACCGGCGUUCCGCUCGUGCUUGCUCUGGGACCGCCCGGAACGAGUGCCGCGGCUAGCGAAUGGGUCAUCGCGACGCAGAAGACCGCUGGGUCUGACGAUUGGCCGUACUGGACCAUGGUCAACGGCGUGCUGACCCCUCAACCAGGCCCCAAUGAACAGGGUUUGGGGGCCUACGCGUCUACCGUUGACCAAGGCGAUGUACCCGCCUUCAUCGUGACAAUUGCCGAAUCAGACCCGAACCCUGCGGACAUCUACUGUGGUGCGGAUGAGUCUGACGAGUACUUGGUACUCUCCGUGAACAACAACCCCGAUGGCUUCUCGCUUUGCACGGCGACAGACGACUACGAUCAGAAUGUAGUCGUCUAUGAGGCCGAGCAAAGCAACUCAGCUUACAGUUACGACACUUGCUACGCCGUUCACAUAUAUAUCGUCCCUUACACGGCUUGAGACAGCUUAUGGUAUCGUCUCGCGGUGACGUUAUCGGGACAAUCGAGUAUCAUUUACUACACACUGCGUACAUCCUCAGUAUCUUGACUGGAUAAU